AUGACUUCGACUUCUGCUGGCAAGUCAUUAGUUGAGACGGAUUGUACACAGCACAAUCCUUUGGUAGAUUUGUCGAGACGAGUUAUUGAGGGAAAUCUAGACGACGACUUUGAAAAAACGUGGGAUCAAUUUUUAGUUGAGAAUUCAAGGCCUCGGAAUCUAGACGAUGAGUAUCUGAUAAGUCUUACAAUGUCUACCGCAGCUCCUAAGACGACUAAUCUAUACGAAUUGGCUGAUCAAAUGGACUCUACACAAAAUCUGGUCGAUUUGUGGGCUGAGGAAUACGUAGCACGACAUCAACAAUCCAAGAAUUUAGUUGAACAGUGGGCUAACGAAGCAGAGCAGCAAGCCAAUUAUUUACCAGAACAAUGGGCUAAGGAGUUUUCUGAUUUAAACUUUCAUGAGCAAGAAAUUGAAGACCGAGAUAAAGCCAGUGACAAAUCUGAGAUGUGGGCCACUGAAUUUCUCGACGAAUUUGACCAAAAAUCGCAAAUGGACAAAGGAUUUGCAUUGGAGGCUGGUUUUGCACUAGAAAGUUUAGUUGACAAUAAAAACGCGAUCUGUGCUUCUGAAAUGAAAACUGAAACAAAUGCUAAAACAUUUGUAGGAAGGACACGCUUUGAUGAAAUGUAUGUUUUCGGAAGGAAUAAUCCGUACUUAAAAGAAAUGGAUGCAUUCGAAAAAGGAAAACAAGCGCUGGAUGCUGGACUGAUAGUUGAUGCUAUUUUAUAUUUUGAAGCUGCUGUACAACAGAAUCAAGAAAGUUUUGAAGGCUGGUUUCUACUUGGUAAAUGUCAUACUGAAAACGAGAACGACAAACAAGCAAUUGCUGCAUAUAAGAAAGCUUUGGAUUUGAAGCCAGAGCAAAAAAAAAUACAUCUUGCUCUUGCCACAGUUUACAUUAAUGAAUAUAUGGAAUUAGAAGCAUUAGAAGUUUUGAAACAGUGGAUUAUGUCUUAUUUGGAUGGUGAUUCAAUUCCGUUGGAAUUCAAAACUGCUCCUAGUAGUCUAACUGAGGACCUUACUGUUCGGACGCAACAGGUGGAAGAACUAAUUCAAAAAGUGCUUUUAAAUACGGAAACAGUUGAUGAAGCAACACUUCACAAUGCGUUAAGUUUGGUGUACAACAUUAAGGGUGAUUAUAACCGAGCUGCUGAAGAAGUGGAAUUGGCACUUGUUUAUAGUCCAAAGGACUACGUACUUUGGAACCGUUUGGGAGCAACACUGGCUAAUGGUAAACGCGCUGCGGAAGCAAUUGCUGCUUAUCGCGAAGCUCUCAAGAUCUGUCCAAACUAUACACGUGCUCGUUGUAAUCUAGGCAUCGCUUGCAUUCAAUUGCAGAACUACAAAGAAGCAAUCGAACAUUUUAUUACGGCUCUUCAACUGCAGCAGUCUUAUAGCUCCAUUUUAUCAUCUACAAUUUGGAUGCCUUUACGCGCAGCUGUCGUUCGAAGUUGUUUGCCCUAUGCACUGGAUUUGCUAGCAGCUGUCAACGAGCAAGAUUUGGAGAAGUGUAUUCGUUUACUGAAUUGA